AUGGUGAGACCAAAAACAGUCCAAACCACCUCCAAAGACCUACAACAUCAGCUUGCUGCAGAUGGUGUCACUGUGCAUCGUUCAACAAUUCAGUGCACUUUGCACAAGGAGAAGCUGUAUGGAAGAGUGAUGCGAAAGAAGUCUUUUCUGCACACACCACAAAUGGAGUCCCUUGAGAAAAGAGACAAGAAAUCUACAACCUGCACUCAGUGUGGAAAGAGUUUCUCAAACAAACGUGAUCUUGAGGUUCACAUGAGAGUUCAUACAGGAGAGAAGCCAUUCACAUGUGAUCAGUGUGGGAAGAGUUUCUCAAUCAAACAAAGUCUUGAUAUUCACAUGAGAGUUCAUACAGGAGAGAAGCCGUUCACAUGUGAUCAGUGUGGGAAGAGUUUCAAACAAAAAGGACAUCUUAAGGAACACAUGAGAGUUCAUACAGGAGAGAAGCCGUUUACAUGUGAUCAAUGUGGAAAGAGUUUCAAUCAAUCAGCAAACCUUAAAGCACACAUGAGGAUCCAUACAGGAGAGAGACCGUUCACAUGUGAUCAAUGUGACAAAACAUUUAUUAGGUCAUCAGACCUGAAGUCACACCUGACAGUUCAUACAAAGGAGAAGCCACAUUCAUGUUCUGUGUGUGGAAAGAGUUUUUUACUGCUGUGUAGUUUACAAAAACAUGAGAAAAUACACACUGGUCUGAGAGAGUAUGUGUGCUUUGAGUGUGAGAAGACUUUUACUACAGCAAAAUGUUUAAUACAGCACCAGAGAAUUCACACUGGAGAAAAACCUUACAAGUGUUCACAGUGUGACAAGAGAUUUAGUCAGUCAUCAAAUCUGAAAACACAUGAGAUGAUCCACACUGGAGAAAAAGCUUACAAGUGUUCACACUGUGACAAGAGAUUCAGUCAGUUAGCACAUCUGAAAACACAUGAGAUGAUCCACACUGGAGAAAAACCUUACAAGUGUUCACACUGUGACAAGAGAUUCAGUGAUUCAUCAUCUCUGAAAACACAUGAGAAGAUCCACACUGGACAAAAACCAUACAAGUGUUCACACUGUGACAAGAGAUUCAGUCAGUCAUCAUCUCUGAAAACACAUGAGAAGAUCCACACUGGAGAAAAACCUUACAAGUGUUCACACUGUGACAACAGAUUCAGUCAGUCAUCAUCUCUGAAAACACAUGAGAAGAUCCACAGCAGAGAGAAGCCGCACACAUGUGAUCAGUGUGCAAAGAGUUUCUCUUUUAAAAGUCACCUGAAGAUACACAUGAAGAUCCAUGGAGUGGAGAAACCACAUCUCCACAGUGUGAAAUGA